CUCAUUCAGGUGGAAGUGGCUGAGCGUUACCCAGGACAUUGGAGCAAACUCUUUAAGAAACCAAAAGAGAUUUAAAGCCAAUCAGACAAAAAGAUGGCAAGACCCAACAAUUUCAACUACUUCACCAGAAAAUCUCUUGUUCUUGCUGAAGAAUGCACUGCUACCAGGAGAAGUGAGGAGGAAGAAGAAGGACUAGAGCCAAAUAGUGAUUUGAAAGCCGGUAAACAGCUGCCAUGUUUUUAUGGCGACAUUCCUCCAGGCAUGAUGUCAGAGCCCCUGGAAGACCUAGAUCCAUACUACCUGGAAAAGAAUACUUUCAUAGUGUUGAAUAAAAGAAAAACUAUUUUCCGAUUCAAUGCUUCUCCUGCUUUGUACAUUUUAACUCCUUUCCAUAUUAUUAGAAGAGUAUCCAUUAAGAUUCUGGUAAAUUGCUUAUUCAACAUGAUCCUUAUGGGCACUUUCCUGUUCAACUGUACAUUUCUGACAAACCUUGACCCUCCAGAGUGGAUAAGUUACUUUGAGUUCUUUUUCAUUGGACUAUAUACUUUUGAAAUCCUUAUAAAAAUCCUUGCAAGAGGCUUCUCUAUAGGACCGUUCACAUUCCUUCGUGAUCCCUGGAACUGGUUUGAUGUCCAUAUUCUUGCAUAUGCGUAUCUGAGCAUAUUUGUAAGCUUGGAGAGUGUUCCAGCUCUUGGAAUUUUCUCAUUUUUGAGAGUUUUGAAAGCUAUUUCUCUAACCACAGGUAUGAGAAUUAUCAUCGGGACCCUGACUCACUCAGCAAAGAUGUUUUGUCAUGCAGUAAUCCUAACUGUGUUUUGUUUGAGUGUCUUUGCUGUCAUGGGGAUGCAGUUGUUUAUGGGCAGCCUGAGACAUAAAUGUUUACCAUGGCCUCAAGAAGAAAGAAAUCUGACUGAUAUUCUGUUGGCCGAUGAAAGUUAUAAGUAUUUUUAUUUGGAAGGAGGAUUUAAUCCUCUCCUUUGUGGCAACAGUACGUUUGCAGGUCAAUGUCCAGAAGGAUACCUGUGUGUGAAAACUGGUGGAAAUCCUGAUUAUGGCUACACAAAUUUUGAUAAUUUUGGUUGGGCUUUCUUGUCCAUAUUCAGAUUAAUGACCUUGGAUUUUUGGGAAAGCCUUUACCAACAGAUCCUACGAGCCACUGGGAAAACCUCUGUGAUGUUUUUUGUGAUUGUAAUUUUCUUUUGCUCCUUUUAUCUGGUAACCUUGAAACUGGCUGUAGUUGCCAUCAGUUAUGAAAAACAGAAUCGGGCAACCAUUAGAGCAGCAAAGCGAAGACAGGUGAACUAUCAAGCCAUGUUAUACCGACGCAAGAGAGAGCAAGAAGCUACUCAGGCGAUGACAGCAAUUGGAGCAGAUGAAAAGAAAAAGAUUGGCAAAGAUGAAAGUUCUUCUGAAACAUCCAAUGGGAUCUCAGAUCUUAGUAAUGAGAGAAUGGAACAAAGCAAGAAAGAGAACCAGGAGAAGCAGGCUGAUAGCGAGGAAAAGGAAAUCGAUGCAAAAUUGCAUCAAUUUGAAUCAGAAGACUGCAUCAGAAGAAAAAUUUCCCAUCAUGUUAUAAACACUCAGAGAAUAAUGUAUAAAAAGGGGUCACUUACACAGCAGGGAAGCACUAUGCAAGUUGACGAGAAGGAAAGACAAAUAAAUACUUGCCAGGUUUCUAUGGAUAUGCUGGAAGAUUCCACUGUUAGAGAAACAGCAACGAGCAGAGCCAACAUAUUAAAUAGCAUGAAAGAAUUUGACAAGUGCAGGCCAAGGAGUUGGUGGAAGAGAUUUGCUAAAACAUUUCUGAUCUGGAAUUGCUGUCCUUUUUGGCUAAAAUGUAAAGAUUUUAUCCAUUCCAUUGUCAUGGAUCCAUUUUUUGACUUAGCUAUUGUUAUCUGUGUCAUUAUGAACCUAUUUUUUAUGGCCAUGGAUCACUACCCAAUGACUAAGGAAUUCUCCUCUGUCCUUUCUGUGGGACACCAGGUAUUUACUGGAAUUUAUGUAUUAGAAAUGAUUUUGAAAAUUAUUGCAUUGCAUCCAUAUAAUUAUUUUCAAGACAAGUGGAACAUAUUUGAUAGUUUUAUUGUGGCCCUUGCUUUAUGGGAACUUGCGAUGUAUCCCCUUUGGAUACCAGAUGCAGUAUAUAUUUCCAUUUUACAAUUUCUCAUCUUACUCAGAGGGCUCCGUGUUUUCAAGUUGACAAAAUAUUGGCCAAUGAUGAAAAUGAUGAUCAAGAUCCUUGGGUACUCUGUGAAGGCUCUUAGAAGCUUGACAUUUGUGUUGGUCAUCACCAUUCUUAUUUUUGCGGUGGUUGGCCUGCAGUUCUUUGGUCACAACUACAGAGAUAAUGCCUGCAAGAUUAGCCCUGACUGUUUACUUACACGUUGGCAUAUGCAUCAUAUAACCUACUCCCUUCUUCUUGUGUUCCGGGUACUGUGUGGAGAAUGGAUAGAGACCAUGUGGGACUGUAUGGAGGUGGCAGGGCAAUCAAUGUGCCUUGUCUUUCACAUGGGGAUUAUCGUCAUUGGAAAUCUACUAGUACUUAUCCUGUUCGUGGCUUUGUUGAGCUCAUUUAUUUCAGAGAAUCCUGUAAUGAGUGAUGUGAAAGCUGAUUCACAAAAUCUCCAUCUUGCAAUGGCAAGAAUUAAAAAGGGGAUCCAUUAUGUGAAACGAACUUUAUUUGACCUCAUUGCAGAAGCUUUUACUAAGAAGCACACUAUUUCAAAAGAGAACAAAAGAGUGGAAAAUCUAAGUAUGGAGAAAAAGAAUGAGACAUCCAGCCAGUCAGUUAAUAAAAUAAGCAAUGAUCAAGAUAUCCAGAAUGAAAAAGAGGGAACCAUUGCCUCUGGCAGUGGCAUGCAAGCACCGAUUGCUCUUGCAGAAUUUGAUUCUGACAAUGCAAACACCAAAGAGUUUAGCAGUGAAUUUGAUGUUGAUGGCAGCAACGAGAAGCUUAGCCAAGCUAUUUCUCCUGAAGACAGCAUGGCUCCUAUUCUUGGUCUUGAGGAAGAACAACUCAUGGCUGGAUCUGAAAAAUCAGAUGAACCAGGAGCUUGUUUUUCAGAUGGUUGCAUGCAAAUGUUCCCUUUCUGUGGAGCCAGCAUGAAGUCUAAGAGAGGAAAGAUCUGGUGGAACCUGAGGAAAAUUUGCUACAGGGUAGUAAAGCACCGUUGCUUUGAAAUUUUCAUACUCCUCAUUAUCUUGGUCAGCUGUGGUGCUCUGGCUUUAGAUGAUGUAUACCUUCCCAAGAGAAGGACUCUCAUAAUUAUACUGGAAUAUGCUGAGAAGAUUUUCACUUACCUCUUCGUUAUGGAGAUGCUUCUCAAAUGGAUGGCAUAUGGUUGUAAAGCAUAUUUCACUAAUGCCUGGUGCUGGCUAGAAUUCUUGGUGGUUGAUGUCUGUCUUUUUAUCUCACUAGCCAAUUGCCUAGGAUACCCAGGAUUUGUUGCUCUGAAAUCCCUCCGAUCACUAAGAAUUCUAUCUGUAUUUGAAAGAGUAAGGGUGGUUGUGAAUACAUUAGUAAGAGCAAUUCCAUCCAUCCUGAGAGUGCUUCUUGUCUACCUUACCUUUUGGCUAAUUUUUAGCAUUAUUGGAGUAAAUCUGUUUGCUGGCAAGUUCUCAAUGUGUAUUAAUAUCACAAGUCUUGAACGCUUUGAUGAAACUUUGGUCCACAAUAGGUCUGAAUGUGCAAUGCUUAUGUACACCAGCAAAGAGGUGCUACUUGGGAAAAUUACUGAAGAUGUGCAGUGGGAAAAUGCAAAAGUAAACUUUAAUAAUGUUGGAAAUGGUUAUCUUUCUCUCUUUCAAAUGGCCACAUUUAAAGGAUGGUUGCAAAUCAUGUACUCAGCUGUCGAUUCAACUGAUGUAGAAAGCCAGCCUAAGUAUAACAACAAACCUUACAUGUAUCUUUACUUUGUCACCUUUAUCAUCUUUGGAGUGUUCUUCCCACUUGUCCUCUUCAUUGGUGUCAUCAUUGAUUAUUUCAAACAACAAAAAAAGAUUAGAGGUCAGUCCAUCUUUAGGACAGAGGCGCAGAAGAAACACUACAAUUCAAUGAAAAAGAAAUAUAAGAAACCAAUACCUCGCCCAGGGAACAAAUUCCAAGGAUAUGUAUUCGAUCUUGUAACAAAAGAUGCAUUUGAGAUUACCAUCCUAGUACUUAUCUGUCUCAACACAAUAAUCAUGAUGGUGGAAACAGAUAGCGAGAGUGCCUAUAAGAGUGGAAUUUUGUACCAGAUUAACCUAGUGUUCAUUGGCCUGUUUGCUGGAGAAUGUGUGCUAAAGCUCAUCGGCCUCCGCCAUUACUACUUUACUGUGGGCUGGAACAUCUUUGAUUUUGUGGUGGUCCAUAUCUCCAUUGCAGUUAUACUACUAACUGAAUUGACGCACAUGUAUGUCCUGACCUAUGCCCAGAUGCAAGUAAUCCGUCUCAUCAGGUGUGGAAGAGUCUUGAAUUUCAUUAAAAGAACCAAAGGCAUAGGAACACUGCUCUCUGCAAUGAUGCUGUCCCUUCCUGCUUUGUUGAACAUUGCGCUUUUGCUUUUUUUGGUCAUGAUUAUCUAUGCUAUCAUUGGAAUGUACCAGUUUGCCUUUGUUAAGAAAGUUGCUGGAAUUAAUGAUAUGUUCAACUUUGAAACCUUUGGCAACAGCAUACUUUGCCUGUUCCAAAUCACCACAUUUGCUGGAUGGGACGGUUUGCUAGCACCAAUUCUUAACAGAGGACCACCAGACUGUGACCCUCAAAAAAUUCACCCAGCAAGUUCUGUGAAAGGAGAUUGUGGAAGCCCCUCUUUUGGGGUUUUCUAUUUUGUGAGUUAUCUCAUCAUAGCCUUUCUGUUGCUUGUAAACAUGGUUCUUGUUGUUAUCUUUGAGAUUUUCAGUGCUGUGACUGAAGAAAAUGCUAAAUCCCUGAAUGAAGAGGCUUUUGACAAUUUCUAUGAAGUUUGGCAAAAAUUUGAUCCUGACACAACUCAUUUCAUAGAUUACAGUCAGCUCUCUGACUUUGCUGCUUCAUUGGAUCCUCCUCUUCUUAUAGCAAAGCCAAACAAAGUCCAGCUCACCGCCAUGGAUCUGCCUGUGGCAAGAGGGAAUCGAGUUUUCUGUCCUGAUGUCCUGUUUGCUCUUGCCAAACGUGUUGUAGGUGAAAGUGAAGACUUUGACCAUCUCCAUUUACCAAUGCGAGAGCAGUUUCUGUCAUCGUGUCUUUUCCAAAUUUCCUAUGAACCAGUUACUACGAAACAAAAACAAGAGCACGAGUCGGCUCCUGUCAUUCAGAAUGUUUUAGGGGAACGCGUAUCAGAUACACAUGAUCACAAAGAUGGAGACAGGGGGGAUCCAAUUAUUAAAGAUAACAUAAACUUUGAUCAGGCUAAUGAGAAUUCUGCUCUAGAGGAAGCAGAUGAUACGAGCCAUUCUCCCACCUCAAUAACAUCAUUGGGUAGUAUAAUAGAACAAGAGAGAGAGAAACAUGAAACUGACCAGACAGGAAAGGAAGACAAAGGCAAAGAUGACAGGGAGAAGGAAAAGUAAGUGGAAAUUCCAUCUUGUCAGCAAUUGGUUAAAACUUUAAAAAUAACCAAUUUUGAAGACAAUAUUAUUUUAGUAAGUCUAUGCCAAAACAACUGUUUUGUUUUAUUUUUUGUUUUUACCAACAUAAAGUUGUUCCCUCAAACAGUAGUGAUUCCCUAUCAAAGCAACUUUGAUAUAGGAGUAUUAUUUGCACUGCUUCUCCUGCAAAAGAGGAAUGACCAAAAACAGCUCAGAAAGACAGGCACCAUUGAUUAAGGGAGGCAAGAUCUAAAUUUCUUGCAUUUAAUAAAACACAUGAGGAGAAUGUUUCACUUCUGCUUUUGUCCUCCUUUUGCAGUAUCUGUCCCCAUUCACUCCCUGCUCCCCCCACUACCACCACCACCACAUAUAGAUUAAGAAACACAAUUAUUGAAAAGGAGAGAUUUUCUGCUGAUCAAACAGCAAAAUUAAAUGAUUUUACUGAUUCCCUGAAGUGCAAUGAUAAAAGUAGUUGCAGCUAUUGAGGGUUUAGCUCCCACACAGGAAAAGUAUGUAUCAAAACCACAUAUCUUUGAUUAUGAAAGUUUUAUCAGUUUUGAGGUAUCUAAAAUGUAUUGCAUGUUGCUUCUGAAUUAAAAUUUUUAUGCCUUGAAGUCCCAUGGGAUUUCCCAAAUAUAUAAGCUGCUGACUUUUAAUAAUAUUUUAACCAUUCAUUCUAAAAAAUGCAGAAGUCACUCCCAAAGUCGUUGUACCCAGCUUUUGACCCAUAUUGCUAGCUUCCUCUGUCCGAUAGUCAUUAUUUUUGUUGUAUGUGUCAUAGACCCCUUUCACAGUCUGGUAAAGUGUAUAAACUGCCUCUCAGAAUGUUUUAAAUGCAUAUAAUAAAACACUUAGGAUUACAAAGGAAAUCAAUUGCAUUGAAGUACAUAUUUAUGUAUAUGAAUAUAUUCAUACACACAUAUACAUAUGCAUGUAUGUAUAUUCGAGGAACCUAUAUACUCUAUCCCUACACCUUGCACAUAAUGUAAGGAAUCAUACUAAGGCUAUGUUUAUCUUAUUAAAACACGGGCAGUCAAUGGAAUAAAAAAAAAUAACAUUUUCUUGAUUGUUUUCAAUGAAACAGAACUGCACCUUAUUACUCUAAAAUGCCUAGAAUGGUGAACAUACAGAUAUUUCUGAUCCCAUCUACAGGUAUUUCUUACCCAUCCUUCAGCUCUUAGAACAGCUGGGAUUUUAGCUUUCUGUGAAAUGCUUGCUUGUUUAGAAAUAGAUAUAAAAUACUAUGAUGCAUAUCUGAGAAAAUAGAUAUGAAUUAGGUGCAAUAUUUAUCAUAUGACACAUCUACCAGCAUAAUGCAGCACCAGGUACAUAACAUACAUGACCUAUAAAUGUCUGUCAAUUAUAUCAUUGGCAAGCUUUUAAAACUUAAUAGAAUGCAUUCAGGAUCCUGCAAGUAUCAGCAGUCUGAAGGUUAUAAUAAAUAUAUGUCUUCCCUAAUUAGCUUCAUCUCCAACCUCCUAGAACCAAAGUAUAACCAUUAUACCUUUGAGAGACACUAUGCAAAUACAACUUUAUUUUUCUACCACAAAGUGUUAUAAUCAUACCUACAUUGUGAUAUAACAUGACAAGCAAUGAUAACUAACUUGGAAACAGAGCCUCUUCUUCCCCACCCUCCCGCCCCCCAAAAAAAUUAUUUAGUACUUUAUAUAUCCUUUGUAUUCAUUUGCCUGCUCUAUAUAUUUCUUUCCAGUAGAAUGUAAGCUUCUUGACAGCAGGAUUUUUUUUCUGCUUUGUUUUAUGUUUUCCUCCUCCUUUCACAGUGCCUGGCAUAUAUUAAAUAUAAAUUGAUAAGUGCUUGUUGAAUUUAAUUGAUUAUGAAAACUGUAUUUCUAAUACAACUGCUGAAUCAUCAAACACUUGGAUCAGUAUUUUUUUCUCCUAAAGACAGGAUUCGAUUGCCUAAAUGCUUUGAAAAUAGUUUCGGCAAGGCUUUUGAAGAUAUUCUGUAUUUAGUAACAGAGAGUAAAGGUAUUGUAUAUCUCAUACUAAAUAUUAUUUUACUUUGUUAAA